CCAUUAGAUUAUAUAACAAAUAACAAACAAAAGGCAGUACAUAAAGACCAAGAACAAAAACUCUACUUGCCAAAACGAAUGCUAGUACAUCAAUUUUCAGCCAUAUAAAAGUAAUAUUUGAUAUAUAUUAUAAUAAAAAGUAGGAAAUAAUCUAAAAAUCCAUGGCGAGUAUUGGGCUUUGGUGUCCUUGGUCUCUGCAACGUCCACUGAGCCACUUCACAUUUGUAUCGAAGAAUAACAAUGGGUCUCCCAAACUUGGUAAACAACAAUGGGUUGUUCGAUGCUGCAAGAACAACGAGCAACAACAAUGUUUCCAAAAUAGGAGGGAAAUUUUGGUGGGCAUGACCAUGAGUGUUGUUGGGUUUUCAUUUAAUUCAAUUUUGUCAGAUGCAUUAGCAGAAACCGAAGUGGCAGAAGAUUUUCGUAUCUACACUGAUGAUGUAAACAAGUUCAAGAUAUCUGUACCAAAAGGGUGGCUAGUGGCUGCAGGUGAGCCUGAUGGAUUCAAAUCUGUCACUGCUUUUUACCCAGAAGGGAACACUAGCUCCAACGUGAGCGUUGUGAUCACAGGGCUCGGUCCUGAUUUCACCAAGAUAGAAUCAUUCGGCAAAGUUGAUGAGUUUGCUGAGACUCUGGUGAGUGGAUUGGACAGGAGUUGGCAAAGACCACCAGGAGUGGCAGCCAAGCUUAUCAAUAGUAAAUCUUCCAAUGGUUUCUAUUACAUCGAGUACUCCUUGCAAAGACCAGGGGAGACUCGCAGAUACUUGUUCUCAGCGCUUGGAAUGGCAUCUAAUGGUUGGAACAAUAGGCUAUACACAAUCACUGGACAGUUUGAGGAAGCAGAUUUGGACAACUAUGGCUCACAGAUACAGCAGGCAGUCAAAUCGUUUAGGUUUAUCUGACAACUGAUAGUGUAACCAGCCAAAUAGAUGGAUACAUAACAAUCCCAAGUUUCAACUUGUUUGGUGUUAAAAUGAUGUUAUAAUCUCAAUUCUCAAUCAUUAAUUAUUUGUGUUCUAUUUUGGAGUGCAUCAAUGUACCCCAUUAUUAUUUUUGAUAUGAUAAUUUUAAAAAAUUCAAAGCAAAAUUUAAAUACUAUUUUACAUGCGUAUAAA